AUGUCCAACUCCUCGGUUUGUUGUGCUUUUGAGCCCCACAUCUUACACCAAUUCCUACCCCCUAUACUUAUUAUAGAGUUCAUUUUUGGCCUCACGGGGAACGUUCUGGCCCUCAGCAUGUUCGCUUUCCACAUGGAGAGCUGGAAGCCAAACUCCAUCUACCUGGCACAUCUGGCUGUGGCCGACUCAGUGGUGCUGUUCUGCCUGCUAUUCAGAGCUGACUACUACCGCAGGGGCCAGGACUGGAUCUUCGGAGAUGCCUUCUGCCGCAUCCUGCUCUUCCUCCUGGCAGCCAACAGGGCUGCUGGUAUCUUCUUCCUCACUGCUGUGGCUGUGGACCGCUACCUGAAGAUUGUGCACCCACUACAUCGAAUAAAUCGGAUGAAACUGAGCUACGCCAUGUGGAUCUCUGCAGGCCUAUGGGCGAUUAUUAUAGCUAUGACAGGAUACUUGCUGGGAUCGCCUCACUUUUUCAAGAUCGGCAGCCGCAUCCAGUGUGAGAGCUUCAACAUAUGCUUGGACAGCAGUCCACUUUCAAUCUGGCACAACGCCUUCUAUGUGAUCCAGUUCUGCGUACCAGGCGCCAUCAUCAUCUUCUGCACGGCCUGCAUUACAUGGCAGCUGAAAACCAAGACGAUGGACACUACAGGCAAGGUCAAGAGGGCCGUCCAGUUCAUUUUCAUCGUCGCCAUGGUCUUCCUCAUCUGCUUCUUUCCAAGCACUGCCUCACGGGUCGCUGUUUGGGUCCUGAAGUCCUGGUACCAAGAGUGUUCACACUUCAGUGAGGCAAAUCUGGCGUUUUAUACUUCAGUUUGCUUCACCUAUUUCAAUAGUGUGCUAAACCCUCUUGUUUACUACUUUUCCACUCCUGCAUUCAGUGGUGUCAUACAGAAACUUUUCAGGAGACUUACAGGGCAAAAAGAAGAGGCGCCUUCAGGGAACAGCAAUGUGUCUACAGUAGCAAGCGAAUAA